AGGACUAUACAUAACAAAAACUUUAAUAAUUUAUACAUUCUGUAUACACAAUGCAUUAUAUGUUUGUGUUAUACAUGUUGGUUUUGAAAAUACAAUUUGCGAUUGUUUGUGAGGUUGGGAGAGUUGGAUCAAAUUGUGAUGUAUAUUGCCAUUAUCCAAACUACGGAAAAGAUUGUCAGUUAAGAUGUUAUUGUAGCAAGGAAUACUGCAAUUCGGCUACUGGAUGUGAAGUAAGUUUCAAAUAUACUAUACCAAAUCCAACUGAAGAGAUCGGAUCAUCGAACAAAAUUUCUCCAAAGAUUGCAGUAAAUGUCAGCCCCAUGAGUACUAUAGUUAUACCAACUACAACUAAGGACGUAAGGUCAACUGCAAACACUUUGCCAAUCUUCAUUUAUGAAUGCGAUAUUGGGAGAACUGGACCAAACUGUGAAGCAAUUUGUCGCUAUCCCAAUUACGGAAUGGAUUGUCAACAUCUUUGUAAUUGUAUACAGGAGGACUGCGAUCCAGCUUAUGGGUGUCAAAAUAAAUAUAUGUUAUAA